CCAGCCAGCCUCAGCCUUAGCUCACACCUUGGUGAGUGAGGUCCAAAGCCAGCGGCCCCGCAGAAGUGGGAGCGGGGCCAUGGCUGAGGGGGCCGAGACCAUGGGCGAAUCCCAAGGUGCUGAUGUUAAAACCCAGCAGACCACGGAAAACGUCCUCGGGGGACCGCCGAGGCAGGGCCCGCUCUCUGUGCUCAAAGUGUCCCAGCUGUUGCUCCAAGCCAUCGCUGCACACAAAGGGCUGACUCUGGCAGCUCUCAAAAAGGAGCUCAGAAAUGCCGGCUACAGAGUGAGCAGGAACUACGGCCACCACUUGCACGAAGGGUCCAGGUCUCGUGUGAAAGGCACCCUCCUCCGGGUCAGCGGCAGCGACGCCGCCGGCUGCUUCAGGGUCUGGAAGAUUAUGAAGUCGAAGAGAAAGCCGGGAUGCCAGAGUUUGGAGGAGGGUGUCCGCUCGCCCAGGAGAACCCCUCUCUGGACGCAGAGCCCACGCAGGCGCUGCGGGAGACGCAGGGCAGCCAAGAAGGCCCAGGAAGUGUGGAGACAGAGCUUGAGGGCAGACAUGAGGAUAAGGCCAAGGGCCAGGGAACCGGUGAGUUCCAGAGCCAAGGAGGAAAGGAGGGCCAAGGCAGUGGACAAGGGGAGAGGACGGACCGAGAAGGAAGACAUCAGGCCCAGGACCCCAGACAAGAAGAGGCCACGCUCGAAGCCCAGGGAAGCGAAGAAACGGGCCCCGGAGAAGCCGGUGAAAUGUACCAUCCAGAAGCCAACCUCCGUUAAAACCGACAGGGCUUCGAAUAGGCAGGGGAGGACUCAUGACCCAAGGGCUGCUCGCACAAAGACUUCCAUUAAAUCUGAAGGUCCUCAGAAUGCAGCCAGGAAUCCAUAGUGCGGGAGCAACUUUCCUUCCUCCGGGCACAGAUGCCUUUCCCCACAGGCUCC